AUGCCUGCCCUUAACGCCGACAACAAUUCAAUGCAAAUCUCAAAGGACACCCAAAACACAACCCAUUUGUCUGCGGUCGGUCAUUUGCAAUAUGCCCCGAAGGAUUCUGGCACCGAAUCAACGAGUCCUGUUUAUGAGGGCUUCACCUUUUUCAAGGCUAUGCCCAAACAAAGUGCAACCUGGACCUGUGUGAAACGGACAUCCAUGCAUCUGAAUCAAGAUGAAUACUUCAAAAUGGUUCAGAAGAGGGCAAAUAAAAAGUCCGUAGCGCAGCAAUACCAGAGUCUGUCGUCCGAUACCAGACGCGCUCAUAUAAAUCAACUGCUUGAUGAACAAAGGCACAAUAAUUCACUUGUUGAGUGGAGUUGCGUCUAUGUCAAAGAACACACAAAGAUAUUAAAGCCCCGACAUGCUCGGCGCGGUGACUAUGAAACGGUCUCCAUGGAUGUCAUAAUCAUGAAAAGGCCCAUGGAGACCCAAGCAUAUUCCAGGACCUUUAUGGGUUGUUCAGUGGCCAUUGCGAAACCUUUUCAAUCGGAUGCAAAGAGUUUACCUAUGUGGUCUCAUCAUACAGACCAUCCUCUGACGCCGGAUCAAAAUGGGAAUAUCUUGCGGACCAUACCUCAAAAGCUACCUUCUCAGUUGGCUUCAGCGAUGAACCCUUUUGCACGAUUGCAUUCAACCCAGGGCCCUGCCUACGAGUAUCCAAAUGGCCAGUUUGAAACUGCACAUCCAGGCGUUGAGACAAGUCAUCCAACAGGUUUGCAAGACCAGCUGCGUGAAUCCACCCGGUCAACUGCAACCUUCAACAAUAGACCAAUAAGUCCAGCCUUCAGUGCCACAAAUAGCAGCGAUAUGAGCCUUGAGUAUACUUCAGAUUGUUCAUCAGAGAGUAACAGGGACCCAGAUGAUGCAUCCGUGCUUUCUGACCAAUCCGAUGAAACAUCUGCCACAGACGACUCAGAAAGCAUGGAGACCGAGACCGAGACUGAGCGUCAAGAGCCACAACCAAAUCAGGCCUCUCUCCGACAACAGAAUGCCAGUCCUUAUCCCCGCGAGUCGAGUUAUGGACCUCAUUCUCGCCGAAAGACCCAAAGUCGUAGCCUUGACAGAAGACAUGAGAGGAAUUAUCCCCUCCGCGACCAAUUUGAGGUGCCUCCAGUCAAGAUUCUUGGCCCAAGGCGGGCUGAGAGGGCGCGGUCAGGCUCGGUGCCUGGUAAAAGAUAUCGAAUGCAGCUGAUGAACGACAAUGAGAUUCGAAGCCGAAUGCUUGAUCACCGUGAAGCAAGUCUUGGACAUCGGGAGAAAUGGCUGAAGAGAACCUUUUCUGAAGCGCGUCAGCUUGAGCGUCGUCAACCAGUGAGGGAUUUGCCAGCAGUGUGUCGCUGUACCUGUCGUUGCGCGAUCAAGGAGAAGAGAGAAGUUGUGUGA